GUACGUGAUGAUGAUGGUUUGGAGAAACUAAAAAACACUGCCUGCGCCGCGCCUGACAUCGUAGAACUGGGCGAUUUGUGUGACAGAUGGUACCUCUACUAGACUGUAAGACCACAGAAAGGGGAUGAGCAAGUCUGGAUGCAGUAUGCGGACUAGAUGUAGAUAUUUACUUGCCCUUAUACUGGCUUUACUUCUAAUAUUUGUGUUGUUCUUUAAAGACCCGAAGCCCAAUAACACACUUCCUGUAGGCUUAGAAGUAGAAGAUCUUGCUCUGGCAGCAGUUGCAGGACGUGGCUUCGAUGGUCGUAGAGCCGUUGGAGCUGAGAUAUGGAAUGGCCAAGUCAGGAAUUCUGAAAGGGAAAACAAGGGUCAAGAAUUAUUGGAAACAUUUCAGAAACCAACUGCAGAUGAAGUCCAACAAGGAGGAAAGUCGAAAGUAUUUGAAAAAAAUUCUCAGCAAUAUAGAGACCAGGUGUUAUGCCAACCAAAAGUUAACAUUACAUUCUUGAAAGUUCACAAAACUGGGAGCAGUACCUUACAAAAUAUAUUUCUACGCUAUGGUGAUAAAAACAAUCUUAAUUUUGCAAUACCACCGGUAGGACACCAUCUGGGUUAUCCUCAGUAUUUCGAAAAAAAACAUAUGAUACCAGUUGCUAACGGAGUCUAUAAUAUUUAUUGUCAUCAUUCACGAUUCAGCUCUCAGGUGUUAGAAGUAAUGCCACAAAAUGCAGUCUACGUUAGCAUACUUCGUGAACCAGUUGUGGUUUUCGAGAGUGCGUUUACAUACUUUAAGAUGGAUGGACGUGCAGGUAUGCCUGGUGAUCCCGCAGCUAUGUCAAAGUUUUUGCAACGUCCAAAGUACUUUUACAACAAAAUGCGAAGCAAAGUACAUGCACGAAAUGUGAUGCUUUAUGAUUUUGGUUUCCCUGAAGAAGAUUUUGAUGAUGAGAGUCUAAUCAAUAAGGCAAUAAAAUUGAUUGAUAAACAGUUUGAUUUAGUGGUUAUUGCUGAAUAUUUUGAUGAGUCACUUAUUCUUCUAAAAGAAUUACUCUGCUUCCCUCUUGAGGAUAUUGCAUUUUUUAAACAGAACUCACGCAAAGAGGAUUCUGUGCAUCAGCUUUCAGACACUGUUAAAAACAAUGUCCGUAAGUGGAACAAAGGUGAUGUUAUGCUGUAUGAUCAUUUCAAUAGGACGUUAUGGGAUAAAAUCCAAGCGUAUGGUGUUGAUAGAAUGGCAGCUGAAGUAAAGGAGCUUCGAGAGCUGAAUAACAAAUUGUUUGAGAAAUGUGUCGCCACAGACACUGCUGCUCAGGGUGAGGGGGAAUUCAGGAUAUUCCAACCCCCAGGAGUGAAGAUUAAUACAUUUUUGUUGAAGGAUUCUGCUAAGGAAGACCCACUAUGUGAGCAGAUGGUGAAGCCUGAGAUAGCUUAUACACAGGAUUUACGAAGAAAACAGUUUCCACACUUCAAGGCAGAACAUGGGAGGAAGAAAAGGCUGAGACAACCAAUGAAAAAAGGUUUUGCAAAAUUUUGAGGGGUGCCAUUGCUCAGUGACUGAUCAGAGCAAUUAUGUGUAACUCUUUCAGGUAACACAUAUCGCACAAAAACAAACAACACUAGUAAAAGCAAAGUACAGUAGAACCUUGUUUUUACGUACCCCAGUUAUACGAACCCUUGGUUUUACGUACGCAUGGUAUCGACGAUGACGUCAUCAAAAAACAAGUAAACGGCACUUUUCAGAGCCACCAUAAGUAAAAAGACAUUUGUUACUUUCUCUCUACUUAUUUACAAUAAGCAAAACAUAUGCAAUGUAUUUUCAUUAAACAGCAAUGUUAAUUGAGGCUAAUACCGAGCUGUUAUAAUCUAAAAUCAUGUGUACUGAGCGAGUUGAACAGUUACCGAUGGUGCUCAAAAUAAUUGCUUUCCUCCUUAGCUUUGUGUGGAAAACUCGUCUGGUCGAAUUUUCUACACGAAGCUGAGUAGGCAUAAUUUCGUACACGAACGCUAAUUGGUUGGCUCGCCCAGUGCAGUGCAUGUGGUUGCUGUUUCACGUACAUGAACGCUAAUUGUUUGGCUCACCCAGUGCAGUGCACAUGGUUUUAUUUUGUCUCGGCAGGCCCAGACAACACUAAAGUUUAGAAUAGCCAUGAUUUUCAAGUUAUGCCUUUGUCGUAUAGGUAAUCUUGUAAUAUUUUCAUGUUCUUUAGUUAAAUAAUAGAUAUAAAGUGAUGAAGUAAUACACAAGACACAUGGUUUUAUUUGGACAUUGUAAAAUGAU